CAACUUUCGAACAGGAAACCUAUUAGACGCUUCGACUGUCGCUUUCUCUGUAUUCACGGCCACCGUCACGUUAUUGCAGGAGCUUGAUUGACAGGUGCGAGCCUCUGCGGUUGCAGCAUGGACGCUGAAGAUGCCCACUUCGGGCAGGGUGUGUUUGGGGCUAAGUGCUCUAACCCAGCCAUGAGCAUCAUCGGGGCUGAGGAUGAGGAUUUCGAGAAUGAUCUGAAUGAUGUGACGGAUGAGCAGUGCCCACACUUCAACAACAUAGACCUGUUGAAGGAUCACCCGACCCACCUGCUGGUCUUCACGCAACAUGUCAUUCUACAGUUUGACCCAGCUCCCCUGCUGUGUUACCUCCAUGCCGACCUCUUCAGGAACCUCAGCGCCAAAGAGACGAAGAAGCAAUUUGUGGAGUUCUUCAACACGUUCUUGGACAAGGGUGCAAUUCUCAGAGUGGCGCUACCACCUAAUGUAGCCUAUGAACUGGACCGAACGCGUCCAGAUCUGCUCCACGAGGACACCCAAAGGCGUUAUGCUGCUGAGGUUCAGAGCCUGCAGGCUGCUGAAGUGGCCAAACAGCUGGAUGAUUUCAGGCAAAAGAGGAUGAUGGGUAUGACACCCAACGAGGCUGAGCUCAUCGACGUGGAGAGCCACUAUCCCACCGACCGCAUCCCGAUGGAGAUGAAGGAGAAGUCUGUAGCGGAGAACCUGCUGGAAAAGAUGUCUGAGACACAACCCACAAUUGUCUCAGACGAGGAAAAAUGCCAAUCCAUCUUUACAGCGGUGGCCUUCUACAUGAAGCACCUCGGGGUGAAAACCCGAGCGGUGGACAGUAAGAAGUCCAGAGGAGGCUUCUUCAGGAGACAGCUAGUGAAGAACAAGAAGGAUGAAUCUACAAAGGGCAAGCCCAGAGGGGUGUUUCCUGGCAUCCCCAGCUGGAUCGCAGGCAACAUUGACGUCAAACCUAAAACGGAGGCUGAAGCGGAAAAGGAGAAAGUGAAUCCAGAGCGUAAGGGUCCAACUCCCGGCAGAUGCUCCUUGACCGACCCUGCAGCUCCUUCCCUUCCCAGCAGGAAGUCUGGUUCCUCUGGAAGCCCCGCCUCCCUGCCUGGGUCAGAGAUCAGUGAGGGGUCAGGCAACAACAUCAGCACCGCCAACAGCCCCGAGUCUUUACACAUGGAUGGCCUCCCAAGCAAUCGCUUAGAGCCUCCGACCCUGUCAGAUGGUGGUGACGUGUCCCCUGUCGGGCUGGGAGUAGGGCUAACUGUCGGGGAGCCCCUCUCACCCAUGGACACUCCCACUGAGGACAAUGUGGAGAAAGACAGACGGAAGACAAGUAGGAAAGUGAUGCGUAGCGAGAGUGCGCGCGUGGACCGGCACUCAUCUCGCCGCCGUGGCUCUUCCCGGGCAAAACAGUCUCGCUCCCGUAGUGAUGUGGACCUCCAGCCGCCUUCUGCCACGACAACGACACCUGCCCCGCUCACCCCUCAGCACCUCCAUCCUUUUGAUGGACCAGUUGGAUUUCCCGAAGGGCCCGGCCACUCCCCCACCAGCCCCUCCCCACAGCUGGAGGAGAUAGAGCCGCGCCUCCUGGAGUUUGAGCAGGACCCGCCCAACUGGAGGGAGCUGGCUCCCCCUGAAGCCCUGUCCAGUCUCAGCAAGAAGGAAACCAAGAGGCAGGAGGUCAUCAAUGAAUUAUUUGCAACGGAGCAUGCCCAUGUGCGGAUGCUCAGUGUCCUUCAGAUGGUUUUCUCAAAGCCCCUGGAGAGAGAGGAGCUCCUGACUUCCCCUGAGCUGUCCGCCAUCUUCCCCAACCUGGAUGAGAUCAUUGAGAUGCACUAUAACUUCUAUGAGAACUUGAAGAAACUGCGUUUGGAUGACAACUUCAUAGUCAAAUCUAUCAGCACCACAGUGCUCAACAGAUUUGAAGGCACAGAGGGCGAGUGGUUCCAGAAAUUGACAGCUCGGUUCUGCAGUCAUCAGUCGUGGGCCUUGGACCAGAUCAAGAGCAGGCAGAAGAAAGAGCCACGCUUCAACUCCUUCAUACAGGAGGCAGAGAGUCGGCCCCAGUGCCGCAGGCUGCAGCUCAAGGACAUAAUUCCCAUAGAGAUGCAGAGACUGACCAAAUACCCUCUGCUGCUGGAAAAUAUUGCCAAGAACACAGAGGACCCGACAGAGAAGGAGAGGAUCCAGCAGAGCGCAGAGUGCUGCAGAAAGAUCCUCAACCAUGUCAAUGAGGAGGUCAAAGUGAUGGAGAACCUAUUGACUCUGAAGGACUACCAGCGAAGACUGGACACAUCAGGGCUCAAACCCAGUAAUGAGCUUUAUACUGAAUAUAAGAACAUCGACCUGACACAUAAGAAGAUGCUUUAUGAAGGCCCUGUGACCUGGAGAGUCACAAAGGAGAAGGCCAUCGAGGUGCAGUGUGUGUUGCUCGGGGACCUGCUGGUGCUUCUUCAGAGGCAGGACGAUAAGAUGGUUCUCAAAUGCCAGAGCAAGAGUACCAUCGCCGUGCAGGAAGGCAAGCAGAUGCUGAGUCCCAUCAUCAAGCUGGACUCAGUCUUCUUACGUGAGGUGGCCACAGAUCGGAAGGCCUUCUAUGUGAUAUUUACCUGGGACAGCGGUGCUCAGAUCUAUGAACUGGUGGCUCAGUCUAUCGGAGAGCGGAAAAUCUGGACUGAUGUGAUAAAGACAGCAGUGGAUGAUCUGAAGAAGAGUGGAGCACCCAUGAGGUUGGCGCUGCCUCCUCUAAGUGGAGGAGCUCCCUUCAGUCCUUCCCCGCUGUCUGCCCCUUUGAGCCCGACUGAGAAUGGGGGUUUGAAAAGCAGCAGUGAUCGAGAUAAGGACAGCUUGACAGAUGACAAGUCUUCAGACCCCAGGCACAGGCUGAUUGAUUUCCUGUCAGACAAAGGUUUCGACUUGAUAGGCCACUCCAACAGCGAUCAGGAGAAGGUGGCCAACAGUGCUUUGGAUGAAGUCAUGUCGCUGAAAAGGCUGUUGGUGGGCAGCAUCAGUCUGUCAGUGGACUCACAGCCUGAUGAAGAAAAUGGAGAGGACCAAUCAGAAAGGCCCAGUCAAGACACGGAUAGCUGUCAGGCGACGGAAGAGAGCCAGGCGAAAGACCGGGCAGCGGAGGAGGAGAACGAUAACCCCUGUGAAAAAGAAGGUGCAGGGACGAAAGGAGAGGAGGAGAGGAGCAUCAGUGCGCCCCUGGUGCUGUCCCAGGAGAGGAUGGAGGAAGUGUGCAGGAGGCUCCACAGUCUGGAGGAACAACUAAAGAGACUACAGACAGUAGAAGAGGAGCACCACAAGCUGCAGGAGGCCCUUUCCAAGUUCUCACUGGAGGGGGGUAACUUUCAGUAAGACAUCAUCACGCCACCUGCUGGCCACUAGAUUUUUACUGGUGCUGGUUUGGAGUGCAAGAGUGACUUUUCAGAGGCUUCCCUGGAAAUUCCUAAAACCUCACAAGUCAUGCCUGGACCCUUUUGCUGCAUUAGGGGGCUGUAUGCACAGUGCAGUGGUUCAGUGACAGAACGUUGGAGGUGUGUGCAUAUGUAUGUGUGUCUGUUUGCGUGCAUGCUUGAUAGAGAGGUAUACAAAGAAAAAAAAAAAAGGAGACGUCCUACUUCUGAGUAGGAGGUUGAUUUUGCAGAGAGGUGCCAAAAAAAGAAGCAAUAUUUUUGCUGUGAGAGAGAUGCUGCCUAUCAAAAUGUAGUUAUUUGCUGUAACACACAUACUCACACCAGAGACAUGCGAGCUUGAAAAUAAUUAUCAUUAUUACCAAUAGCAGAUGUGCAGUAACGAAGAAAUUCCUAUGUUUGCCCACCAGGUUAGCUUUUACAAUGGUGGAAGCCUUUAAGGGGCCAAUGUAGCGUUUGGAGAUGUAUUGAAAUACUACUGCUGAUAUAUAGUGUUAUUUCUUGUCUAUGCCAAAGUAUCACAGAGAUGCACUUUUUUUGUGAUCAAACCAAGUUGAACCCACACUGUUUUUGCGAAAUCUAUUUACUCUCUAUUCAGUUUUUGAACAGUUGAGCUUCAUGUAGGCAGCACUCAUUAAUGAAAAGAUUGCAUGCGAGAAAGUGUGUGUAUGUGUGUUACAAAGUUUUAAAUAAGGAUGUGCUUAUUUUGAGGGUUCUUGCUGUCAUUAGGUCACAUAGAAACAUGUAUAAAUAGUGGCACUAUAGGUAAUCAUGCUGUUAAUAAUGGAGUUUGUAUUUACCACUUUUAUUUAUUCCUCUGAGUUCUUUUUGGUCAGUGAGCUGCCUCAACUGACUGAAACUGUUGAGCACUGGGCCAAAGAAAAAGAAUGCGUUAGAGAAAAUGUUAGAAGGCAAAUCUGGAAUGUGUAACAAAGAUCAAGGUAGAGAGAGAAGAAGCAAGAUUUCGGAAAGGAAUGGGGCGUGAGUUUAGAGGUUGCUUUGGUUUAUUUGAAGCCAGCUUGAACCAGACGGUCAUGAGAAGAUGUGUAGAAAAUAAGGUUAGGAUUUGUGCUCAAUGUACUGAAAAAUGUAAACACACACACAGAAAUGUACGCCGACCUACACUGAGAGCCCAGUGCUAUAGAAGUAUUCACAAAGGCAGCAUCAAUCCUGCAGUUCCUCCUCCUGAUCCAAAACACGGACUUAACUUGGGGUAAUAAACUGUAUCAUAUGACGGUAGAUUAGCAGAAGAUUCUAUUUUUCCCUGGUAGCAAUAUUUGCAUCAGAACUGAUCUCUGUGUUUGUAUUUUAUUCAGCAGUUGAUUGUAAUUAUAAUGAAUUUCUGAGAAGUGGCAUAACUGUGGCCAUGCACACAGGACCAAAGACAAAAACAAAGCACCGUUAGAUCCUCAUACGAGCUGUAAUUCUCUUUUGCUUCAUCUGCGCAGUAGCUUGUCACUUAAAACUAAUGCAGGAGUGAUUGCUCACAACCUGCUUUUCCUCUUCCCAAACAUUUGGCAACUUAAAGGAUUUCAAAAGCACAUAGAAGAAUAAAGCACUGGUUGAAAAAUGUUGGAUUUUCUAAUAAAUUGUACAAGUUGAUGCAAAGAUGAAUGUUAGACUGCCCUCACCUCAUGACCAAACCCAAAGAUAUUGUGUAGAUUUCUACAGUGCAGCUUGUGGUGUGACUGUAAAGAGUUAUUGGACACAUGGGACCCGUUCCAGCUGCAGAAAAAAGGCGACAAGUUUAAGAAGCCUGAUGAGGACACAAAGGAAAUGUUUAAGGUUUGGAGGAAGGAAAACUGCAGUCGCCAGCACUGUGAUCACCAUCACUUCCUGAUAUGCAUUCUCACUGUUGUUGUUGCAACAACAAACGCCCCCUUUGGACCCCACUGAACAUCAGUGUAAACUUAUGCAAAUGUCAGUGCCAUUAGUCACAAGAUGCUAAAUUCUAUAACAUUGUGUUUGAAAAUUACUGCCAUCUCUCCCCGUGUCUUCCUCAUAGAAAUUGUAAAUAGAUGUUAGCUUAAAAACAAUUGUAGAAAAAGCAUACAUUUGUCCUCCUAUCAGCUCCAUACACCUCUUGAUGCUCACAUGUGAUGGCAUGAUCACCUUUUCCUACCUACCGCACAGUUUUAUCAUAUGUUGUGUAUUUCAUUUGAUUUACCUAAAUGGGUAGGGGAGGUUUUGUUACUGUUUUUUUUUUGUUUUGUUUGUUUUUCCAAGCAAUUUUUCGUCAUUAUGUACUAUGCAUUUGGCCAUAACGGUGAGAGAGACAGGACUUGUCUGUAACUUGUCUAUGCAUGAAUGAGUUUUAUAAUUAUGCAAAUAUUGUAACCACGACUUUCUUUUGGUGUGCACGUUAAAGCGCAACUCUGUCUUGUGGCCAUCCAGCUUACUGAUGGGAUACAUUUGAACAGAUCAUCUCAACCAGGGAUUUUUAACUGCUGGUCAAACGCCGGCUUACAGCGACACCUUCACUCGCUGGCUGACCGACUGCUACAGGCGCUUCUCGCUCUCUCUCCUCCAGAUGCUUUUCCUCUCGCCUUCUAUAUACGAAUACCUAGAUGUAUAGAAAAUGUAUUUAUAGAGUGGUGCCUUGUUCCGAUGAUCUUCAUCAAGGGCUCUUAGGUCUAUAAACACAAUCACUGUUUUGUUUGCGCUCUCUCACGGAGGACUGCGACCUCUGAUAGUGGGAGACAACGACAAAAAGACUGAAAACGAUCAAGAGAUGAUCCCAGGAUUCUGUUUUUGUGUCCACCUCCAUUACAGCAGCAGGAUUCGAGCCCUCCACCAACUCAGCCAGCCAGUGCCCUGUAUAGAAAAGACACUGCUCCUUGUCAUACAGGCGUCUUGUCUAUCUAUAAACGAUGAAUAUGCAAGAACUAUACUGUGUAUUUGGGGUUUGAUUUUUAUCAUGUAAGAGGCUCUUUAAUGAUGUAUACUUAAGGAAAAUUGUGGUACGUUCUGUUUUUUAAUUCUUCAUUUUUUAAAUAAAUUGGGGAAA